CUCCCAUUCAAUUCAUAUCGACAUUUAUAACCACCACCUCUCAACUUACAGAGAACACCCUCGCGACCGUUGCAAUAGCUUCAACCUGAUCGAGAGACGCGCGCGCAUUAUUCCCAUCAUAUCCAUUACCGACUUGGCCCCACGAAUCAUGCAAUAGGACCCCCGAUCCGACCCCUUAGAAGAUGCGAAAAGUUCGGCCUGCCAUUAAACUCCCGAAUGCCCGUUUCGAACGUCGUUAUCUGGACGUUCAUACUUGAAGUGGCCUGAAUAUUCUACUUGGAUACGUUCAGAGCGAUUCUUAUCAGCCUGUUGACCUCUCAUAAUUAAAACAUCAUGACUCGAAGAAUUGUUCGAACAGCUGCUCAGCUCGCUGGCGCUGCCAUUUUCACCUUUCUAGUUAUCGCCUUCCUCGACCGCAAUUAUCGUGUCCUCCCCAAUUCGAUCCAUAGUUAUAUGCCCUCCCACCACCCCGGACUGGUCGUCACCGAUGUCACAAUAGUCACUUGCUCGAGCGUUAACCCCUUCUCCUCAUGCGACCUCGGCAAAGAAUGGCACCGAAUCGAUAAGGAGCUGUAUCUCGGCAAGACAUGGACUACGAGCGCAUACAUGUACAUCAUGCGAAAGCAUGAGGGGGAUCUUACUGCGGACGAUCGUGUUGUUGUGGAUGUUGCGGUCGGCAGGCUCCAACCUCAACCCAAGGGAGAAACGGACGACUCAUGGGAAUCUCGUCCAUCGGGUAUCUGGAUCAAGCGCUCAGCUAAGAAGAAAGCCAGCGAUUCAAAGCAGGCAGUGACGGAUCUCGAUGUUCUUUUCGGAGAUGAUGCUGUUGAAGCAAGAGACGGAUAUGCUGUGACGGGAACGCCUUUGCUCCUCAACACGGGUGGUAGCCUUCUCUCUGUCCAGCUAAGCGUGCGCCGAGGUCCUCCACGAGAGGUCAAGAAGCCAACGCCCAGGAUCCGCAAUGAUGGUCGAUACAAGAUUAUGCAGAUCGGUGAUCUGCAUCUCAGUACAGGAGUUGGUGUUUGUCGCGAGGCAGUUCCCGAUUCUUACAACGGCGGUAAAUGCGAGGCCGAUCCUAGGACACUGGAGUUUGUUAGCCGAGUCCUUGACGACGAGAAGCCCGAUCUGGUAGUCUUGAGUGGCGACCAAGUCAACGGUGACACAGCACCAGAUGCACCUACUGCCAUGUUCAAGAUCAUCUCGCUCCUGAUUGAGCGAAAGAUUCCUUAUGCUGCCAUUUUCGGUAACCACGACGACGAACAAACCAUGUCUCGUGAGGCUCAGAUGGCCAUUAUGGAGACUCUUCCUUAUUCUCUUUCCAUUGCUGGGCCAGCUGAUAUCGAGGGUGUUGGGAAUUACUAUAUCGAAGUCCUGGCCCGUGGAAAGACAGAUCAUUCUGCUCUGACCAUCUAUCUUCUCGAUACGCACGCCUACACGCCCGAUGAGCGCAACUUUCCUGGUUACGACUGGGUUAAACCUAACCAAAUAGAAUGGUUCAAGAAGACUGCCGCUGGUCUCAAGAAGAAUCACAACGAGUACACUGGCCGGCAUAUGGACAUCGCUUUCAUUCAUAUUCCCUUGACAGAGUAUGCUAACCCGGAACUACCCCGUGUCGGUGACUGGAAAGAAGGAGUCACUGCCCCAAUAUAUAACUCUGGUUUCCGUGAUGCCCUUGUAGAGCAGGGUGUCCUUAUGGUCAGCGCAGGACAUGAUCACUGCAAUGACUACUGCUCCCUAUCUUUGAUGGGUGAAGGCGAGACCAAGGUCCCAGCCAUGUGGAUGUGCUACGCUGGUGGCUCUGGCUUCGGCGGUUACGCCGGCUACGGUGGUUACCAUCGCCGAGUACGCUUGUUUGAAGUCGAUACAAACGAGGCUCGUAUCAAGACUUGGAAACGUCUCGAAUACGGAGACAUAGCUGCCCGUGUACACGAACAGAUUAUCGUCGAUGGCGGUAAACCUCAACCUAUCACUCCCGUUUCAUGAGCUUACGACACUCUAUAUUUAUGGGGCAAAGUCCCCCUUCUGAACUUAUUGUAUUCGUGUUUUGGGAUGAUUAGCUGCCACGCGUCUAUAGAACGGUGUGGUCCUUCUUCGUUUACAAAAAAGACGGGUCAUUGGACAACAUCAAGGAGCAUGUUUGAACAUGGGGUUUCUUGUAUAACAAUUAAAAUAUCCCACUUCUCAUUGCAUACAGCAGCAAACAGAGUUAACGACGGCAUUAUAUAGUCUCGGGAUGGAGAACGGAGUUGUUUUGGUCGACUAAAUACUACGUAUGAG